UCAUUCAAUGACUUGAUCCUGAUGAUGAAUUGAGGAGGACUCACACUCAGUCACAGAGACUGAGAGGACACCCAGUGACUGCGAUUAUUUGUUGAAGCAGGCAACGAAAAGAAAGUGCCACGGAGUCGGAGGCAAUACAUGAGUGUACAUUGUUCAUUGACUGAGCGACUCAGAGCUAGCGACGAAGUAAACAUUAGUUGAGUGUGAGAAGGCAGGAGAUAGGAUAGCCAAACCAUCUGGAGCUGUCGCAUCACUGGGCAUGGGUCCAAAGCCAUUGUACACAGCGGCUCCGCUUAUCACCGCGGUCGCGAUACUGGGCUUGCUAGUUUUCUCCACGCAAGCAGCUGCAAACUUCCGUCAGAUAGAUGAACCUGUUGUCGAUGUGCACGCUAGCAGCAGUGAGGAUGAAGCUGGUGCCGCUACACUGGGCCAUGCAGGAAUGGCUGACUUGCCACCACUGUUGGAGUUCGCCAAUGGCACGGCGGUCAAGACGCUAGCGGACUGGCAGGAGAGACGGGCGGAGAUGGGCCGGCUGCUUACGGAACAUUACUACGGAUCGUUUCCGACUGAACCCCCACCCGAGCUCCUCAGCAGCGAAUUAGUCAACGUGUCUCGCAAUCGCGGAGUUGCUCGCUAUCACGCACGCCUUACAUUCAACACCCAUCCGCAGGCACAGAUUGUGGUGGAGAUACUGGUGCCGGAACACUGUACUAACUCCACCCCGUGUCCUGCAUUCAUGACUCAGACAAAUCACCGCAAGUGGGCGAGCGUGGGGGUGUCGCGGGGCUACGCGGCGUUCGUCUAUCCCGGCGCCGAUUCCAACGAUCAGACGGACGUGUUUCGCAUGGCCUACCCGGCCGCCACGUGGGGUCUGAUCGCCCGGCGCGCCUGGCUUGCUAGUCGCGUGGUCGACUACGUGAUGACGUGUGCGUGGAUUGAGCACGCUCACAUUGCCAUAACAGGUCACAGCCGCAACGGCAAACAGAGCAUGAUAGCGGCGGCGUUUGAUCAGCGCAUCACCGCCGUCAUUGACUCGUCAUCCGGAGCUCCGGCCAUGUCGCCGUACCGAUUCACCUCGGCGUAUACGUUCAGCGAGGAUCCGUAUGGUACGUGGCCGAAUGCACCGCCCGGCGUAAACUGCUCGUGCACGCGCAACCCGACAGACCCGCGACCAAAGUCGGGCAAAUGCUGCUGGUGGCUGCCUAGCGUGAUGAACCUCAGUGGCUUUGAGAACAGCGUGCCGAUCGAUUCCCACGCUCUGCUCGGCCUGAUAGCGCCGCGCUCGUUCCUCAGCCAAACGGCGUUUAACGACCCGUGUGAUCCGUCGUUUGCCGUCGAGCGCGCCUACCUCGCAGGAAAGAAAUCCUACAAGUUUCUCGGCAAGCCGGAUAACAUACGAAUUCGCUGGCGUCCCGGCGGUCACCAUGGUUUCGAGAUGCUGGACAGUUACUUCGACUGGUUUGACUUAAGCUUUGGAAGAUACCCAGCGGCUCAUCGCGGUGUGAACGAUGUGUUUCCCGAGCAGUUGAUUCAUGCCUUCAACUGGACAGAGUGGAAUAGCAGUGAGACCACAAUGCACACGGCAUCCCCGCCGCCAGCCAGCGCAGCACUGAUCGAUCGCGUCAACUGGAUGACCGGCAUCGCCGACCAGCCUGUGGGUCUAGCGUGGAGUCCGGCAGGGUCCUACUCUGUCAGCUACCAGCCGUACGUGGAGGAGAUGCUAUACCGCCAGAACGAGCUCCACACAGUCUUUGAAGGAACGGCGAAGAUGACGAUAUCAUUCGGCCGCGCCCUCAUAGGCACACUCUACUUCCCGGCAAACGCCAGCGCAAAGUCCGCCCCUCUGCCGGGUAUCGUGUGGCUCCAUCCGUACUCCUACCAGCAAGGAUACACGGAGAGCUAUCCGAAAGCCCCGCACCGCAUGCCCUGGCGGCUGGCACAACAGAGUAACGCCGUCGUGCUGGCCUUUGAUCAGAUCGGCUUCGGUCGACGACUCCGCGAGGGGCGCCUGUCCGAGUUCUAUUCCCGCUGGCCAAACUGGUCGUUGCUCGGUCACAUGAUCCAGGACGUCCAAUCAGCAGUGGACGCGCUACUCUCGCCGCGUGAUGCAGCCGACUGCCCGGAUGGCGAGCCACUCAGCGCUCUCUAUUUGGCGACGACGGUGCCACGAGUGGAGCGUGUCACGGUGGUCGGGUAUGCCAUGGGAGCCAUCGUAGCACUUCACAGCGCCGUCCUGGACACACGAAUAGCAGCCGUGGCGGCCUGCACUGGCAUAUCACCGUGGAAACAGCAAGCGCUGGCUCGCGAAACUGGCGGCAAUGCACGUCUGUACGAGUGGCACGCGCUGCUGCCGCGUCUCGGCUGGUUUCAGGGUCGUGAGGCCGAGGAGUUGGCGUACGAUUACGACGACCUGCUCGUGGCACUGCGGGAUCGUCCCACGCUGCUCUACAACUCCGAGAUUGAUCGUCAAGUUGACCAGACCGCGUUCUCCAAGAUGGUGUCUAGCGCAGCUGCUCGCGUUCAGAACAAGUGGAAGCUGAAGUUGCACAGCGGGGCCGAGUUCUCCAACAAACUGGAUGCUAACAUGCAAACAACUGUCACGGAAUGGAUCAACUCUCUAGAUUUUUCUUAGAUUGUAAAAUCGUUACGAUUUGCAGCAACUCCCUUGGUCUUGCUCCAUAUUCCCUCAUCUUUGUCACUUACAGAGGCCAUCCGGCAUUAUUGAUAAUUUCCAUGGAAUGAAAAACUUUAGUCAGGAGAGAAUUACUUAUGAACUUAUGACCUCCCCACCCAGCCCUCUGAGCAAAAAAAAUUGUCUUGACAUCUAGA